AGACCACAGCUGUUGCUUUCCCCGUCAUGAAAGGUUUUAGCGCUGAGGUCAAAGAUCCAGACUACUGGCAGAUCUUCAUGUUAUUUUGAAUAUAGGUUCUCCUCAACUUGCAACCACAAUUGAGCCCAAAUUUUCUGUUGCUAAGUGAGAAAUUUGUUUAACUGUUCAUGUUAAAAUAGAGUUUUAUCCCAUUUUAUGACAUUUCCUACCACUGUAGUUAAGUGAAUCACUGAAGUGGUUACGUUAAUAACCCAAGUGGGUUAAAUGAACCUGCAUUCCCCAUUGACUUUGCUUGUCAGAAGAUCGCAAAAGGGGAUCACGUGACUCUGGGACACCGGAACCUUCAUGUUGUGUCUUGCCCGCCCUCAGAGCAGCCGGGGCCUUCUUACCUGCUCCCCAACACUGAGGAAUGUAUGCCUUCCGGCCCAAGUCCUGGCUCCAUGCCCCCACAAACUGCAGAAGAAGGAGAAUCUCCCUGCCCCAGCCCUGACUCCAUGCCCAGGCAAACGGAGCAGCUAGACCCCUCCCCCUCCUCCACAGCAGGUGAGCCUGAGGAGGGUUUAUUCCCAAGAACAGCUGAUUGGAGUGACCCUCGCAUCAGAAGGCUGGAUAGGCGGAGGCAACAGAAGGAAGGGAGGGGCAGGCCUUAAUGAAUGCUGAGUCAUGGAGCCACACCCCAUGGCCUAUAUAAAGGAGCUACUUUCUGGCAGUCUCUGAGUCAGGCAAAAGUCAAACUUAUCUUGCUGAAGUCACUUACUGGUCUCCUGCCUGCUCUGAGGACUUUGCUAGGACUUUGGGCAGAGCUGCAGAGGCAAGCCUGAUUCGGAUUUCCCGGACCCAGCCGUCAGCGGAGGAGUGGGACAUGACACUUCAUAAAUACGAACCAGUUGCCAAGCAUCUGAAUUUUGAUCACAGGACCAUGAGGAUGCUGCAAAGACCUCACACAUAUGAUCCACAUCCUUGACACAGAACAUCCGUGGGACGUCCACUCGAUCAAUUCUGGACACAUUGAAAUAAUCACCUGCUUGGAAUGGGAUCAGUCAGGAUCCAGACUUCUGUCUGCUGACGCUGAUGGGCACGUCAAAUGUUGGAGUAUGAUGGACCACCUGGCCAACAGCUGGGAGAGCGAGGUGGGCAGUGAAGUGGAAGGAGACCCAGUGGUGGCACUUUCUUGGCUGCACAAUGGGGUGAAACUGGCUUUGCACGUGGAGAAGUCUGGAGCAUCCAAUUUUGGUGAGAAAUUCUCCCGGGUCAAAUUUUCCCCAUCAUUGACCCUCUUUGGGGGGAAACCUAUGGAAGGCUGGAUCGCAGUAACCAUCAGCGGGCUGGUCACCGUCUCACUGCUGAAGCCCAACGGACAAGUGCUGACCUCCACGGAGAGCCUCUGCCGCCUGCGCUGCCGAGUGGCCUUGGCUGAUAUUGCUUUCACCGGUGGAGGCAACAUUGUGGUGGCCACAUCAGAUGGCAGCAGUGCCUCUCCGGUCCAGUUCUACAAAGUCUGUGUCAGUGUGGUGAACGAGAAGUGUAAGAUUGACACCGAGAUCCUCCCCUCCUUGUUCAUGCGCUGCACCACGGACCCAGCUCGGAAAGACAAAUAUCCUGCAAUCACCCACUUGAAAUUUCUAGCUCGGGACAUGUCUGAGCAGAUGCUGCUGUGUGCCUCCAGUCAGAACAACAGCAUUGUGGAGUGCUGGUCACUCCGGAAAGAAGGACUGCCAGUUAACAACAUUUUCCAGCAGAUUUCUCCCACAGUUGGGGACAAGCCGCCGAUGAUCUUGAAAUGGCGGAUCCUUUCAGCCACUAAUGACCUGGACCGAGUUUCUGCUGUGGCAUUACCCAAACUGCCAAUAUCUUUGACCAGCACUGAUCUGAAGGUAGCAAGUGACACCAAAUUCUACCCGGGUUUAGGCCUGGCGCUUGCUUUCCAUGAUGGCAGUGUCCACAUCAUCAACCGUCUCUCCCUGCAAACCAUGGCAGUGUUUUAUGGCUCCAGCUCGCAGCGCCCGGUGGAUGAGCAGACCAUCAAAAGGCAAAGAACUUCGGGCCCUCUGGUCUACUUCAAAGCGAUGCAGAUGUCUUGGACUUCGCUGGCCUUAGUUGGGGUCGAUAGCCAUGGAAAGCUUAGCAUGUUCAGGAUCUCUCCCUCCAUGGGGCAUGUUCUGGAUAUGAAUAUUUCCCUCCGUCACUUGCUUUUCCUGUUGGAGUACUGCAUGGUGACAGGGUAUGACUGGUGGGAUAUCCUGCUUCACGUCCAGCCCGGCAUGGUGCAGAAUCUGGUGGAAAAGCUGCACGAGGAAUACAUGCGCCAGAAUGCCGCCCUGCAGCAGGUUCUGUCCACACGCAUCAUUGCCAUGAAAGCCUCCCUUUGCAAGCUCUCCUCCAGUACGGUGGCACGCGUGUGCGACUACCACGCUAAGCUUUUCCUGAUCGCCAUCAGUUGCACCUUGAAAUCCCUGCUCCGGCCCCCAGUCCUCAACACCCCCGACAAGACACCUGGAGACAGGCUGACUGAAAUCUGUGCCAAGAUCACCGAUAUAGAUAUCGACAAAGUGAUGAUUAAUUUGAAGACGGAAGAAUUUGUGCUGGAGAUGACCACCUUGCAAUCUCUUCAACAACUGAUCCAGUGGGUUGGGGACUUCGUGCUCUAUUUGCUCGCCAGUCUACCGAACCAGGGUUCUGGACCCGCAUCAGGACCUGUUCGCCCAGGUCACAGUUUCCUUCGGGAUGGGGCCUCCCUUGGGAUGCUCCGUGAACUGAUGGUCAUGAUCCGGAUCUGGGGCCUCUUGAAACCAAGCUGUCUUCCCAUUUAUACGGCCACGUCUGACACGCAGGACAGCAUGUCCCUCCUCUUCCGGCUUCUUACCAAAUUGUGGUUGUGCUGUCGUGACGAAGGGCAUCCCAGCGAGCCAGACGAUACCUUGAUCGAUGAAUGCUGUCUCCUGCCCAGCCAGCUCCUCAUCCCAAACAUGGAUUGGCUUCCGGUGAACGAUGCCAUCAUCAGCAAGCUGCAGAACAAGCAGCCAGUCCGGCUGCAGUUUGGAAAGCCUCCUGGGAUCGUUGGACACUCUGCUUCAGUUCCGUGCGACGCAUUUACCAGGACUACUGGGUACCCAAAGAUUGACCAUCUGAGGCGGCUCCAUCUUGGAGCUUAUCCUACUGAAGAAUGCAAGUCCUGUACAAGGUGCGGCUGUGUUACAAUGCUUCGUUCCCCCAAUAAGACCACGGCUGUGAAGCAGUGGGAGCAGCGGUGGAUCAAGAAUUGCCUUUGUGGUGGUCUUUGGAGAAGAAUGCCCCUCAGCUACUCAUGAUGGACGCCAGGACUCUCUGCCUUAUCCAGAUGGGAUUUGUGAGGACUUUUGCAGCUCACCCCAGAAACUCCAUUAAAAGAAAAACCCAACAUAAGAUACAACUUCCAGAAACAGUUGCAGGUGGUUUUAUCCACCCCUUGGUGGAGAAGACUUUCCUGGGCGAAAACACCAAGAGAACUCUAUGGGAGCCACUGGAGGAGUUUGAAUUGAUGGGCGCUUCUGGUAGCAAAUGAAAUUUGGCCAGUGUCAAAGUCGCGUUGAUAUCCCUAAAUUGCACCACAGUUUCUCCUCUUGUUACAAAUGGCAGCUUUUAGCUGAACAUCCAGGAAGGGUUAAAAUGCUGCAUUAAAUAAAUGAAGCAUUUUUUAGCAUUGUUCAAGUUGCAAAAAAGUAGACAAUUGUAGGAAAAAGAAGAGCUUUUCUUGGUGUAUGAAUUUGCUUCACGCAGAGAAUCGGGGGUGGGGGAGAGGGUUGGGGGAGACAGUCUUAACUAUAAAUGUUCUCUCCUAUUUUUCUUUCCAUAUGCUCCUGUCUCAAAACUCCCUGUGUCUAGAAACUAAUUAAUGUGUUGGGAAACCAAGGUUAAAUCUAUUCAUCCUUCUCUACUUCUGUCUGUGGUCUAAAAUAAUCCUAAAAUCCUUCCAUUUCAGGAAGAUUUGGUUCUUCUCUCAGCAUACAGCUGAUGGGUCUGCUUUUGAACUUCUAGCUCUACGUAAUUCUACGUAAGGGAUCUCCGGCAUAGGAGUUGCAAUUUUUUUUUUGCAAUUUUUUUUUUUAGUCCCUCACAGAUAAGCGGUGACUUUCUUUGUGCCCAAUAAUUCCGUGUUUUCUCAGAAAGUGGAGACAGCGACGAAGAUAAAGAUAUUCAUGGAUGAGCGAUGGUUUUGUAAAUAUUGUAACAGGAUCUGAGUUUGUACAGAUUAUAAUUAUAGAGUUUUGUACGCUUUGUAAAUGGAGAACUUUUUUUGUUCUUUGUUUUUCUUCAUGAAGUAUUGUAUUUUUUGCAGUAUAAGACGCACCGGAGUGUAAGACGCACCUUAGUUUUUGGGGAGGAAAAUAAGAAAAAAGCUGAUUGGCAGGUGGACCAGCCUGCCAGAAUACCCCCAAUCAGCUGUUCCCAGAGGUGAAUUUUAGCAACAAGUUCCUUGGUUGUGAGCUCUGUGCUUUGCUUUUUUUUUCUUUCUCUGAAACUUCAUUUCAGAAAAAACUUUUUUCUGCCUCUGAAAGCCUCCAAAACAGAACUUCAGAAAAAAAGCCUCUGAAGCUCUGUUUGGGGGUUUCUUUUCUGAAGCUCCGUUUGGGGCUUUUUUUCUGAAGUUCCGUUUCUGAUGCUUUUUUCUGCCUCUGAAACCUCCGUUUGAGAAGCUGGGCGGGGCUACAUUCGGAGUAUAAGACGCACCCAGAUUUCCACCCUCUCUUUUGGGGGGAAAAGGUGCGUUUUAUACUCUGAAAAAUACAGUACUUCCUCCCUUUCUGAACUUUUAAAGCAAAAAUAAAAAAAACCACAAGAAAACCCCCAAACCCUUAAAAGUCACACCCUCCCUUCCCUCCCUCUCAAAUACAGCUUGGAACAGUUUUUAAAUUCUUUCUGUUUUGAGGUUUGGUUUGCCAUUUUAUUUACAGGAAACGAUGGGAAGAAAUGGUGGAGGAGAGGUGAAAGCAGUUGGAAGUUAUCCAGGACCAGCAAUUCUUAAUUUUUGUGUUUGCAGUGAUACAGGUAGUUAAUAUAGGUAGUCCUUGACUUAAAAGAGCCGUGGUGGCGCAGUGGUUAGAGUGCAGUACAAACAAGGGUUAUAACAUCAGGUAUUGAUUCACUUAACAAUGAUUUUAUUUAGCAAUGGAAAUUGUCCCAAUUGUCAUCAUAAGUUAAGGGCUACCUGUAAUACUCAAACUACAGAUUAGAAGAACCGGAGUGGAUUUAUGUGACCUGAAUUUGUGUCGUUGAGCUAUGUCCAUUGGAGUCUCCCGUCUAUGGAGAGAAUUGUCUUCCUGCAAUGCAGAAAUCUGCUGUAAAAUAGCAAGAUAAACUUCUAGCCGUGAGCCUUGACAUAUUUCUUUUGUAUUAGCAAGGAAAGUGUUUGUUGUAAGGAAAAAACAUUUAAACUUGGGAUACAGAGAGUGCUGAAUGUAUAAAUAAGAGACAUUGUUUUUUGAUGUCCAAUUGAUCUCACAUCUACAGUACACCUAAUUCUUUCUCUUUAACUUCUGAGUUUAAUUGCAGUUUCAGAACCAUGGUUCCAUGAAAUUCAAUUUUUAAAAGUUUUUGAUGUGGACUCUGAACUCUUCCAUAACCCCACGGACUUUGUACAUACGGUUGACGCAUUUGUGAGUCAAUGUUUUCAGUAAACACAUUAUCUCUUUUCACUCAUGUGCAAAAUCUCUGCCAGCCCAAGUGCACUUCAAAACCACGGCUCCUUAGGACUGAAGAGCUUUUAUCAGAAAAAUGAAUAAUUAAAAGGAAGAAAAUACGUGCUUGUCGAAACCAUUCCAGUCUUUAAUUAGUGCUCAUGGCAAGGAAAGAAACAUUGCUUCUUCAAAUUAUUGAUAACUUUUUGAGCAAAAAAAUCACAAUAGGCUUAAGUAAAAAUAUCUGUAAACAUACAGUAGAAAUAGGGGUGAUAUGUUCCCGUUUUGGACUGGAGUGCCCCGAUCUGGUAGCAAUGGUGGCGGGACAACCGGUAGCAAAAAUCCCUGCACUGCCCCCCCACCCCAGCUGAGCCAUGCGAUCAUCAGGUUU